UUAAGAGAAGUCAGUGUGUUCAGUAACAACACAACAACAGUGUGUGUUUAGUUCAGACAGCGUGUGUUUCUGUCUAAUUAUGUCUUAGAUGAUGAUCAGAAAUAACUCAGUGGUUGCAGAUGCUUCAGCUUACCUCGCUCUUCCAGCUGUUACGAGUUGUGGUUCAGUCCUGAGGAAGCUCUGUGUGUCUCAGUUUGACAGGGACUAUGCAGACUUCCAGCUCCAGGUUCAGAGUGUGUUCCAGUGUCUUCGGUCUCUGCUGGACGUCUGGUUCAGCCGGUCUGUCUCUACGCAGAGAUUGCUGGAACUAUUGGCCAUGUUUGAGUCGGGUCCGCUGGCUCGCUUGGACCUGAGGCAGUACUACCUGCUGCUGCUGCAGCGCUACAGCCGAGAUCUGGAGCUGCUGAGGAAGACCUACCAGAAACACAAGGACCGGCCGCCCAUCGGACGCAACCUGCCGCCGGUGUCAGGCAGGGUCCUUUGGAGCCGGCAGCUCUUCAGGAAGGUUGAAGCUCCGAUGUUGAUCCUGAAGAAGAAGCUUGACUUCCUGAAGGGAUCAGAGAUGACUAAAGUCAUCCGGAGCUACAACCAGCUGGCUGUGGUGUUGCUGCAGUACGAGGUGCUGCACCUGCAGGGGUGGAGUCAGGCUGCAGAGAGCACGCCACGCUGCCUGAGCGCCGCCCUGCUGGUCCGACAUGAAGACAGCAAGGAGGUCUCGGUGAACCUGGACCCUGUGGUGCUGGAGGUGCUGCAGGAAGCUCGGUGGAUGACCAAACUGGGCGUGAACGUGCCAAAGGUCAUCCAGAAGAUGACCUCCAGAGAAUCAGAGCUCAGAGAUUUGUACAGCCGGCUGCUGGAGAUGCUCCAGGACUACAGCUCUGUGGUGGGCAGGGUCCCGCCUCUCCUCCUCCCCCUCAUGCAGCCCUUCAUUGGCCGUGUGGAGGCAGCUCUCUCCCCUGGGCUCACCUCACUGUCCUGGACUGCUCUCAGCACUGAGCGGUUCCUGCAGAAUGUGUAUGUGGCUCUCAAAGACCUGGACCUGGUGGCCAAAAUGGCGACAGACCUGUUGGACUGUCGCAUCGGCCGGCUGCUUCGGGCCAUGUCGUCCUGCCGUCUGCUGGUCCUUCCUGAAGACUCGUCUGUGUCGGCGCAGGACCUCCUGCUACAGACAGGAAGCUUGGUCCAAGCUGCUGCUGUCACACUGAGCUGGCAGAGUCAGCAGGUGGAGAGGUACGUGUACGAACUGAUCGAGGAGCUGAAGAGGAAGAUGAAGACUGUGGAGACUGUUAAUCUCCAGACUCGCUGUCUGUCGUGUCUCCCUUGUCGUUUCUACAACCUGAUUGGUCAGCUCUGUUACCGCAGCACUGAAGCUCUGGUCAAAGCCACCAGAUCCUCCCUGGAGGCCCUGAGGAGCAGACUUCAUGUCCCCAAACAACAGCCACACUUUUCCUCCUCCUUGGUGUCUUCCUCCAGUAGUGCCCAGUCAGCUCCUCCUCCACCUCUCCUCACAACCUCCAUCCACCUUGCAAUCCCCAACAUGGUCCUCAGACCCAGUCUGGAUGACAUUCAGUCUGUGGUGAAUAAGCUGGUGGGCGUCGUGCUGUCUGUGACCAAAGACAUCCCUCUGUGGACUUACUCUCACCUGCAGUACAAACAGCAGCAGGUGGAGCAGGCGGCGGGUCUUAGUGGAGGAGAGGACGUGGCAGUGAAGCCAGUGGUGCUGCGAGCGCUGGACAGACAGCUGGCUGAACACAAAGACAUCAGCAGUCAGCCCAUCAGUGCAUGUUCUGAUGAUGAUGACGACGAUGAUGAUGAUGAUGUUUGGAGUAGGUUGGUGAUGCAGCUCAGCUCCAUCGUGUCACACUUGAAAGCUCAGGCUGCCGAAACCCUGAAUGACCUCGGCCACUUCUCCACCCUGUGGAACCAGGUUCGGGAGGCGGAGUUUCGCAUCGACGCCACCAUCGGGCCGGUGGAGGAAUCCUUCGCCCUGCUCAACAGACACGAGCUGCUCUACGGUGACGGGAACAGCGAGUGCGUGGACGGCCUGAUGUACGCCUGGAAAAACCUCACUGACCUGGUGGUGCAGACCCAGAACACUCUGGUGCAGAUUCAGCCCAGCAUGAAGACAGACCUGCUGUCUGCAGUGCAGAGCCUCCAGAGCCAGGCUCAGAGCUUCUGCACCGACUACAACCAAAGGGGCCCGGGGGUGGAGGGCGUGGCCCCGGCUGAAGCCAGCGAGCGACUGCAGAGUUUUCAGGCAGAGUUCGAUCAGCUGUGGAGGAAGUACACCACCUGCUCAGGUGGAGAGGAGCUGUUUGGGCUGCCUGUGAACGAGUAUCCUGAGCUGCAGAGGAUCCGGAGGGAGCUCUCCCUGCUGUCCAAACUCUACAGUCUGUACAGCUCGGUCACCGACAGCGUCGCCGGCUACUACGACAUCCUGUGGGCCGACCUCAACAUCGAGAAGAUCAGCGCGGAGCUGCAGGACUUCCAGAACAGGAUCAGGAAGCUCCCAAAGGCCCUGAAGGAGUGGCAGGCCUUCAGAGAUCUGAAGAAAACCAUCGAUGACUUCACAGAGACGUGUCCUCUGCUCUACAUGAUGGCCAACAAGGCGAUGCUGCACAGACACUGGACUCGUCUCAGCGAUGUGACCGGUCACAGCUUCCAGGUGGACUCUGACAGUUUCUGCCUGAGAAACAUUAUAGAGGCUCCGCUGCUGAAACACAGAGAGGGCAACGAGGACGUUUGCAUCAGCGCGGUGAAGGAGCGCGACAUCAAGGCCAAGCUGAAGGACGUGGUGGCCGAGUGGAGCAGCCACACACUCAGCUUCGCCACCUUCAGGAGCAGAGGAGAACUGCUGCUGAAAGGAGCCGAGACCGCAGAGAAAAUCUCCAUGAUGGAGGACAGCCUGAUGGUGCUGACGUCCCUGGUGAGCAACAGAAGGAAUGCUCCCUCCAUCCAGCUGUGGGUUCAGAAACUCUCCAACACCUCAGAGAUCAUCGAGAAGUGGCUGUCGGUUCAAAACCUCUGGAUCUACCUUGAAGCGGUGUUUGUGGGUGGAGACAUCGCCAAGCAGCUGCCUCAGGAAGCCAAACGUUUCCAGAACAUCGACAAAUCGUGGCAGAGGAUCAUGCAGCGAGCGCACGAGAUUCCCAACGUGGUGCAGUGCUGCGUGGGAGAGGAGACGCUCAGCCAGCUGCUCCCUCACCUGCUGGAGCAGUUGGAGCUCUGUCAGAAGUCUCUUUCCGGUUACCUGGAGAAGAAACGCUUGGUGUUCCCUCGGUUUUUUUUCGUGUCCGACCCCGCCCUGCUGGAGAUUCUGGGCCAAGCCUCUGACUCACACACUAUACAGGCUCAUCUGCUCAGUCUGUUCGAUAACGUUAACAGAGUUGUUUUCAAUGAGAAAAUCUACGACCAGAUGAUCAGUUUCCAGUCCCAAAAAGGAGAAACUGUGGAGCUGGGCCAGCCAGUGCUGGCACAGGGGAAUGUGGAGGUGUGGUUAGGAGAGCUGCUAGCUGGGGUGAGGGAAACCCUUCAUGCUAUCAUCCGUCAGGCUUACCAGGCCAUCAGUGACUCCGCCUUUAAGCUACUGGAGUUCCAGUCGGCGUUCCCGGCUCAGAUUGGCCUGCUGGGAAUCCAAAUGAUCUGGACGAGAAACGCAGAAGAAACAGUCGUCCUCAGCAAGUCAGACAAGAAGGUCCAUUAUGAUUUCGGUCUGAGGAACAUUUUGUCGGUUUUGAGGACAUUGGGAGCUGUGAAGCGAUCUAACCCAUCAGAACCAGAGAAGACCAUGGUGAUGAGGGUCCUGAGGGACAUGAACCUCUCCAAACUGGUGGACGAGGACGAGCCUCUGUUUAUGAGUCUGAUCAAUGACCUGUUUCCUGGCAUCGUUCUGGAUAAAGCCGGUUAUCCAGACUUGGAGUCGGCCAUCUUCAGUCAGGCUCAGCAGGCCGGUCUGAUCCCUCACCCGCCCUGGAUCCUCAAACUGGUCCAGCUCUAUGAGACGCAGAGAGUCCGACAUGGUAUGAUGACGCUGGGUCCGAGUGGUGCUGGGAAGACGGAGUGCAUCCACACGCUGAUGAAGGCCAUGUCUGAGUGCGGCUCGCCCCACCGAGAGAUGAGGAUGAACCCCAAAGCCAUCACAGCCUCGCAGAUGUUCGGCAUGCUGGACGUGACCACCAACGACUGGACGGACGGCAUUUUCUCCACACUGUGGAGGAAAACUCUGAAAGGCAAAAAGGGGGAAUACAUCUGGAUUGUGCUGGAUGGUCCGGUGGAUGCCAUCUGGAUCGAGAAUCUGAACUCUGUUUUAGACGACAACAAAACUCUGACGCUGGCGAAUGGCGAUCGAAUCCCCAUGGCUCCCUGCUGCAAGAUUGUCUUUGAGCCCCACAACAUCGACAACGCCUCCCCAGCCACCGUCUCCAGGAACGGGAUGGUGUUCAUGAGCUCGUCAGUGCUCAGCUGGAGGCCCGUCCUGCAGGCCUGGUUACAGAAACUAGCAGAGCAGCAGGCCAGCACUCUGAAACACUGCUUCGACUGCUGCUACCAGGACUUGUUGGACUUUGUCUUCACUGCUGUGUCCCCUAAGAUGCAGGUGCUGGAGUGUAUGUACAUCAAACAGACUAUUGACCUGCUGCAGGGUUUGCUCCCAGCAGCGCAGGACAAACACGGUGGCCAUGAUCAUGUGGGACGCAUGUUUGUCUUUGCAGUCAUGUGGUCUCUGGGUGCACUGCUGGAGCUGGAUGACAGAGCCAAGAUGGAGGCCUUCCUGAAGGGCCACAGCUCAUCUCUGGACCUGCCACCCACUCAGGACGACCAGACCAUCUUUGAGUUCACCGUCAGCGAGCAGGGACACUGGGAGCACUGGUCCAACAAGGUCCCAGAGUAUGUCUACCCCAAAGACCACGUCCCUGACUACUCGUCCAUCCUGGUUCCCAACGUAGACAACGUGAGGACGGACUUCCUGAUGCAGACCAUCAUGAAGCAGAGGAAGGCCGUGCUGCUGAUCGGAGAGCAAGGAACAGCCAAGACCGUCAUGAUUAAAGGCUACACUGGAAAGCUCGACCCAGAGCUCCACCUCAGUAAGACGGUGAACUUCUCUUCGGCCACGCUGCCCGGCAUGUUCCAGAGGACGCUCGAGAGCUACAUCGACAAACGCAUGGGCACCACCUACGGGCCGCCGGCCGGACGCAGGAUGACCGUCUUCAUAGACGACAUCAACAUGCCCGUAAUCAACGAAUGGGGCGACCAGAUAACCAAUGAGAUUGUGCGUCAGCUGAUGGAGCAGGGAGGUUUCUACAGCCUGGAUCGUCCAGGAGAGUUCAUCACUGUGGUGGAUGUUCAGCUGGUGGCAGCCAUGAUUCACCCCGGCGGCGGUCGGAACAACAUCCCUCAGCGUCUGAAGCGUCAGUUCUCCAUCUUUAACUGCACGCUGCCCUCCAACUCCUCCAUCGAUAAGAUCUUUGGCACUGUGGCUCAGGGCUACUUCUGCCCAGAGAGAGGCUUCCCCGGCCCGGUGUGCCAGCUCGCCGCCGUCCUCGUCCCCUCCACCAGGCGGGUGUGGCAGGCCGUGAAGGCAAAGAUGUUACCGUCUCCUGCAAAGUUUCACUACAUCUUCAACCUGCGUGACCUCAGCAGAAUCUGGCAGGGGAUCCUCACGGUGAAGGCAGAGGCGUGUCAGAGCUCUGAGCUCCUCUCGGCUCUCUUCCAUCACGAGUGCUGCAGAGCGAUCGCCGAUCGAUUCGUCGACAGCGGCGACAGACGAGCGUUCGGCAGCAUCGUGGAGGCGGUGUGUGCGCUCUGUCACAGUGGAGGAUCAUGGAGAGCUCUGACUGAGCAUGCUCAGUGGAACAGCUGCUUUGUGGACUUCCUGCGUGAAGCCCCGGAGGCGACGGGGGAUGAACCUGAAGACGCUGAGCUGGAGGCUCCGAAGGUGUACGAGCCAAUCCCAUCGCUGGACCUUCUGGCAGAGCGGCUGUCGGUUUUUCAGCAGCAGUACAACAAGGCGGUGAGAGGCGGAGCCAUGGACCUGGUCUUCUUCAAGGACGCGAUGAUCCACCUCAUGAGGAUCUCACGCAUCCUGAGGACGCCACAAGGAAACGCCCUGCUGGUCGGGGUGGGAGGGUCGGGGAAGCAGAGCCUGACGAGGCUCGCGUCGUUCAUCGCAGGAUACCAAACCUUCCAGAUCACACUGAGCAGGUCGUACAGCAGCAGUCACCUGCUGGAGGAUCUGAAGUCUCUGUAUCGGAUCGCCGGUCAGCGCGGGAAAGGCGUCACCUUCCUGUUCAGCGACAGUGACAUCAAAGAAGAAGCCUUCCUGGAAUACAUGAACAACGUCCUGGCGAGCGGUGAAGUUUCCAACCUGUUUGCUCGAGACGAGCUGGAUGACAUCACUCAGGACCUGAUUCCCGUGAUGAAGCGCCAGCAUCCUCGCCGCCCGCCAACACCCGAGAACCUCUACGACUUUUUCCUGUCCCGCGUGCGGAGCAACCUCCACGUGGUCCUCUGUUUCUCACCUGUCGGGGAGAAGUUUCACUCUCGUGCCUUAAAGUUCCCGGGUCUGAUUUCCAGCUGCACAGUGGACUGGUUCCAGCGUUGGCCUCAGGACGCCCUCAUCGCUGUAUCGCAUCACUUCCUGUCUCAGUACCAGGACCUCCGCUGCUCAGAGGACGCCAAGCAAAGCGCCAGCGUGUUGAGCGGACUGAUCACAUGACCGAGGUGUUCACAGGACCUGGUGGCAGAGAAGUGUGGCGAGUACUUUGAGCGCUUCCGCCGCCAGACGCCAGUGACGCCAAAGUCCUACCUGUCCUUCAUCGACAGCUACAAGCUGGUCUACACGGAGAAGAUCGCUCACGUCGGCACGCUGGCCGAGCGCAUGCAGACAGGUCUGUGUAAACUGAUGGAGGCGGAGCAGUCGGUGUCUCAGCUCUCUGAGGAGCUGCUGGUGAAGGAGAAGGAGCUCGCCGUCACCUCCCAGAGGGCAGACCAGGUCCUGCAGGAGGUCACGGCCAAAGCUCAGGCUGCCGAAAAGGUGAAGCAGCAGGUGCAGAAGGUGAAGGAUAAAGCUCAGCUCAUCGUGGACGAGAUCGAAGCCGAUAAAAUGGCAGCAGAGUCCAAACUGGAGGCUGCGAAACCGGCUCUGCAGGCUGCUGAGGCUGCGCUACAGACCAUCAAACCAGCAGACAUCUCCACGGUGAGGAAGCUGCAGAAGCCUCCUCAUCUCAUCAUGAGGAUCAUGGACGCCGUGCUGCUGCUGUUCCAGAGAAAGGUCGAUGCCGUGACCUCUGACCCCCAACGACCUUGUCCCAGACCGUCGUGGGCCGAGGCGAUGAAGCUGAUGCAGAACUCGGCCUUCCUCAGCAGCCUGCUCAACUUCAGCAAGGACUCCAUCACAGAGGAGGUGGUGGAGCUGCUCGCUCCUUACCUCCACAUGGACGACUACAACAUGGAGACGGCCAAGAGGAUCUGUGGGAACGUGGCGGGGCUCUGCUCCUGGACUCAGGCCAUGGUCGACUUCUUCAGCAUCAACAAGGAGGUUCUUCCUCUGAAGGCUAACCUGGCCAUGCAGGAGGCCCGUCUGCUGGUGGCUCAGGCUGAACUCACUAAGGCUCAGGAACAGCUGGAUGCUAAACAGCUGGAGCUGGACGCGGUGCAGGCGCUUUACGACGCUGCCAUGAAGGAGAAGCAGGACCUGGAGGAUGACGCCCAGGCCUGCCGCCGGAAGAUGGCCAACGCUCGCGCUCUGAUCGACGGCCUGGGAGGAGAAAAGGUCCGUUGGACCGACAGCAGCGCGGGGUUUCAGACUCAGAUCAAACACCUGGUGGGGGACGUCCUUCUGGCCACAGGCUUCCUGUCCUACGCCGGCCCCUUUAACCAGGAGUACCGCAGCCUGCUGCUGACGCUGUGGAGGAAAGAGAUGGAGGAGAAGCUCCUCCCCUUCAGUCCCGAGCUGAACGUGAUUGGUCUGCUGGUGGACAACGCCACAGUGAGCGAGUGGAACCUUCAGGGUUUACCCAGCGACGACCUGUCCAUCCAGAACGGCAUCGUGGUGACGAAGGCAUCCCGCUACCCGCUGCUGAUAGACCCCCAGGGCCAGGGCAAGACCUGGAUCCAGAACAGAGAGCGAGACCAGCAGCUGCAGGUGACGCCUUUGAACCACAAAUACUUCCGCUCCCACCUGGAGGACAGCCUGUCUCUUGGGCGCCUGCUGCUGGAGGACGUUGGUGAACUGGACCCCGUCCUGGACAACAUACUGGACAAAAACUACAUCAAGUCUGGCUCCACUUACAAGGUGAAGGUUGGAGACAAGGAGGUGGAUGUAAUGAAGGGCUUCACGCUCUACAUCACCACCAAGAUGGCCAACCCAGCAUACAGCCCUGAGGUCAGCGCCAAGACGGCCGUGGUGGACUUCACCGUCACUCAGAGAGGCCUGGAGGACCAGCUGCUGGGACGGGUCAUCCUGCUGGAGAAGCAGGAGAUGGAGGCAGAGCGAGUGAAGCUCCUGGAGGAGGUGACGUCCAACAAGAGGAAGAUGCAGGAGCUGGAGGACAGCCUGCUGUUCAGGCUCACCAGCACACAGGGCUCGCUGGUGGAGGACCAGUCUCUGAUCGAGGUGCUGAGCGUCACCAAGAUCACAUCAAAGACUAGAAAAUAUGGCCAAGAGGUUCACGCUCGCAGGCUAUUGGCCAACAGCAUGUUGGAUGGUGGCUGGCUCCUCCUCCAGAACUGCCACCUGGGACUGGACUUCCUGGAUGAGCUGCUGGAGAUGGUCUCAACAGCGGUGGCGGAGAGCGUACACAAAGAUUUCCGAGUGUGGCUGACGACUGACAUGCACCCCAGGUUCCCCAUCACCUUCCUUCAGUCCUCCAUCAAGUUCACCAAUGAACCUCCUCUCGGCAUGAAAGCCGGUCUGAAGAGGACUUUUAAUGGUGUCACUCAGGACCAGCUGGAGAUCAGCAACCUGCCUCAGUGGAAGCCUCUGCUGUACGCUGUGGCCUUCCUCCACACCACCGUGCAGGAGCGUCGUAAGUUCGGUCCGCUCGGCUGGAACAUCCCCUACGAGUUCAACCAGGCAGAUUUUACCUCCAGCAUCCAGUUUGUGCAGAACCACCUGGACAACCUGGACGUGAAGCGAGGUGUGAACUGGAGCUGUCUGCGCUACAUGCUCGAGAGGGAGCACGUCUUUGAGGGGACUCGUCUGGCUCUGGGCGGGCCUCGGAGACAGCGCGGUCCUGCACCUGCUGCCUCACCUGCAUCGGAGCAUUCGCCGCGGAGAGUGGGCGGCACCGGCCAAGCUUCGGCCGCUCGCUCCCUCGCCACUCCGCUCCUCGCUCGCCCGCCGGCUGCUUCACUCUCCAGCCUUUCCACCUCGCCACGGCACAGCGGCUUCACCUCCCAUCUCGACUCAAUGGCGGCUACCGCGCCAGCGGCUCAGCUGUGUACCCUGCCUGCUUCCUCUUCCCAGGGAAAGUGGCGCUCACGCCGCCAUAAUAUGGACCAUUCUGAGCAACUCCCGGUGGUGAAGACAGUUAAGGCUCAGCCUGUCCCUACAACCCCAUCUCAGAUGGCUAGGGCUCUGCCAGCAACCACUCCUCUUCCAUCUCCCAGGACGAGGGCAGCUGUGACCCAGUCUACCUCCACACCCGCUCCUGUUUCUCGGGUGGGGGUGACUGAGGUCCAGCCACCUCCCGUGCCUGUCCCAGCGCCCAGGCUGAGGGCAGCCAGAACCCAGCCUGACCUUCCUAGAGGCGCGGAAGAGCUAGCCUGCUUACCCAUCAGUCCACCACUUCAUCCACCGCCUGAUCCAGCCUUUCACGCACUAGCUCUGUCCCUGCCUCCAGUCCAGUCUGCUCCAGUCCAGUCUGCUCCGGUCCAGUCAGUCCAGCCUGCUCCAGUCCAGUCACCUCUCGUCCAGUCGCCUCUUGUCCAGUCUGCAGUCCAGUCCCCUCCUGUCCAGUCAGUCCAGUUCCCUCCAUCUCCGGUAGCUCAGUCUCCUCCCGUUCUCCAGUCCCCUGUAGCUCAGUCUCCUCCCGUUCUCCAGUCCCCUGUAGCCCAGUGUCCUGUUCCUCAGGCCCCUAUAGCUCAGUCUCCUGUCCUCCAGUCUCGUCCUCUCCAGUCUUCUCCUGUCCCCCAGUCGCCCGUCCUCCAGCCGGUCCAGUCUGUCGUCCAGUCUUCUGUAGUCCAGUCAGUUCAGUCUGUCAUCCAGCAUCCUGUAGUUCGGUCGCCCAUUGUCCAAUCUCCUAAUCAGUCUCUGGCCCAGUCACUCAUCCACCAUCCUGUUCAGUUCCCGGACCUGCAGCCACAGCAUCCAGAGCCAGCUCUUCUGCUUCGCCUGGUCCGGCUUCGCCGUCGCCUGGUCCAGCUUCUGCCUCUGCGUCAGCCUCGCCUGGUCCUGCGGCUGCCACGCCGUCGCCCAAGCCACGUUCUGGACGUCAACGCCGGAGUGGUCGACCACUGGACCCGCUCAGUGGCUGCCGUCGUCUUCCUCGCUCAGCGGCCGCUGCCGUCUUCCUCGCGGCCGCCCACCGGACCCACUCAGCGGCCGCCGGCCACGUGGCCGCCCACCUGA